AUGUCUGGAUGUGAAGAAGUGAAUAGUUUUGGUGCCCUUGGCAGGCUGCCUGCCCUGCGUAUCCUUCUCUUGGGAUGUGCUGCUAUUACAGACGAGGGGUUGUGGGGUGUCAGUGCGAGUCGCAGUCUUGUGAAGAUUGUGCUCCAACACUGCAGGUACCUUGCAGAUGUGUCUCCUCUCGCAUCCAUCCGGACACUGGAAGAGGUGAAUAUGUCUGGAUGUGAAGAAGUGAAUAGUUUUGGUGCCCUUGGGAGGCUGCCUGUCCUGCGUGUGCUUGACUUGGGAUACACCGCUAUUACCGACGAGGAGUUGCGUUGCGUCAGUGGGAGUCGCAGUCUUGUGAAGAUUUUGCUCGAAUACUNCGUGAGCUUGACUUGGGAUACACCGCUAUUACCGACGAGGAGUUGCGUUGCGUCAGUGGGAGUCGCAGUCUUGUGA